UCCGAGGCCAGCGCGUCGAGCUUGGUGAAAUCGAGCAUCAGCUGGCUCAGGCACUCCCAGAGUUCGAUGUAUCUGCCGAGAUCGCCACGAUGCAGGCCAACAGUCAGGCUCCAGAUACCCUCGUCGGGUUCAUCGUCUUCCCCAACGACGAGGAGCAGUCUGCCGAGGUAACUACAUGUCUAGAUGCUGUGACUGUGGAGAAGCUGGCUACCAUCAGACCCAAGCUCAUCGCAGAUCUCUCGCGCUCUCUGCCAGCUUACAUGGUCCCAACUCUGUUUGUUCCCAUGAACAGAAUGCCCUUGACAAUCUCAGCCAAGGCAGAUCGGCGAAAGCUUCGUGCACUUGCGCAAGGACUGAGUCCUGAAGACCUUGCCCUCUUGCAGGGAACCUCGGAUGUCAAGGAGCAGCCGCAGUCCCAAGCUGAAGUCAACAUGCAGACGGUCUGGGCUGGAGUUCUUGGCGUCAAGGCUGAGACCAUUGGUCUCGACGACAACUUCUUCCGAAUUGGCGGAGAUUCAAUUACUGCCAUGAAGAUGGUCCCGGCUGCACGUCAGUUCGGUCUUCCCAUCUCGGUUGCCCACGUUUUCCGCGCUCCCAUCUUGAGGGAUCUGGCUUCUCAAGCCGCCGCGAGUGACCAACAGUCUCAGAUCGAAAAGAUUCCUGUUUUCUCUCUCAUUGACCAAGGCGAGAAGGAAUCAAUCAUUGUUGAGGCAGCCAAGCAAUGUGGUGUACGACCUGAGGAGGUCGAGGAUGUCUAUCCUUGCACACCUCUUCAGGAGGGACUCAUGUCGCUUUCCGCGAAGCAGCAUGGAUCGUACAUCAUGCGUCAAGUCUUGGUACUGUCGAAUGAUAUCCGCAUGGCCGACUUUCAUCAGGCUUGGGAGCAGGUUGUCCAGGCGCACCCGAUCUUGCGGACACGGAUCGUCAGUGUUGGCUCCAACAUGUAUCAAGCCAUCACCACUCGGUCACUCUCUUGGGACACCAGCAUCGACCUUGACCACUACAUCGCCCACGACGACUCUCGUGAGGUCGAAUUUGGGGCACCUCUCAGCCGAUAUGCCAUCAUCCCCUAUUAUGACCGAUUCUUCUUCGUCUGGACGCUGCACCACUGUAUCUAUGAUGGCUGGUCGCUCCCACUUCUCCUCAGCGACCUCUCAAAGGCAUACAAUAAGAACUCGCGCGGAGACUCGGACAUUCCAGGAUUCAAUGCCUUCAUCAAGCAUCUGAAUGGGUUGGACAAGACCGAAUCAGACACCUUCUGGUCGUCUUACCUCGAGGGGCCGAGUACCACUUUCCCUGCUUCACUCCUCCCGAACCAGACUGCCCAACCUAGUGCGACGCAUGACCAGAGUAUGGGUUUCUCGGUCAACGCGAUUGAUGGCAUCACUUCGUCUACCAUUCUACGCGCUGCUUGGGCUCUGCUCACGCGAAGCUACACUGGCAAUUCGGAUGUGGUCUUCGGCAUGACAGUCAACGGCCGCAACGCACCUGUUCCUGGCAUCGAUCGAAUGAGUGGCCCGACCAUUGCUACUGUUCCUGUCCGUGUCCGCUGGGAUUCGAACGGAAGCACCACCAUUCGUUCCUUGCUCGAGUCAGUGCAGCAAGAUGCCACAACUAUGAUUCCCUUUGAGCAGACAGGCCUGCAACACAUUUCUCGUCUCCAUGAGGACGCCCAAGCUGCUUGUCAGUUUGGUACCCUUUUCGUUGUCCAACAGGACGACAGUGAGGAAGAUGAAGCUGUCGCGAGUAUCAUGGAGCUCUACGACGCUUCCGAGGACACUUCGGCCCAGUUCACCACCCAGCCAUUGUUGGUCGAGUGCGUCAUGGAGGCUUCAUCGAAGACCGUUACCCUUCGAAUGAGUUACGACCCGAAGCUACUGGACUCUUUCCUCGUUUCUGGAAUGGCGCAGCAGUUCAAGCACAUUCUCUCGCAGCUCGUCGUAAUUGAGCACCUCGACAAGCCAAUCGGUGAUCUCCAUCUUAUCAACCCAGUUGAUCAUGAGCAGGUCAUCAAGUGGAACGAGGGACGAGUCAAUCCCAUUCACAAGACUAUGCACGACCUUGUGGGUGCUGCCGCCGUCGUCAAUGCCACACGACCUGCCAUCAGUGCAUGGGACGGAGAGAUGACGUACGCGGAACUUGAGUCUGCAUCUUCGCAAGUUGCCGGUCGACUUCGCAGUGUCGGUGUUGGUAGCAGUGGUCAAGGCGAAAUGGUAUUGUUGUGCUUCGAGAAGUCUCGAUGGGCCAUCGUCUCGGCACUCGCAAUCCUCAAGGCUGGCGCGGCUUUUGUUGCUCUUGACCCAGCCCAGCCGGAUGACAGACUUGCAACGAUCAUAAAGAUAUCGAAAGCUCGUCUUGUCUUGACUUCCAAGGGCUUAGAGGAGCGUUUGACUCGACUGUUCAAGAACACACCCAAUGUUUUAUGCACCUCGGAGCUUGUUGCUUUGGCAGACACCGCCGCUCCAUUUGUUAAGCGGCACAGAGCUUCUGGCAGUGAUGCCCUCGUCAAGGGAGUCAUCUCGUCGCCUGAAGAUCUUGCCUACGUUAUCUUCACUUCCGGCAGUACUGGCGUCCCCAAAGGUGUCAUGAUCAGUCACCGCGCGGCAUCUUCGAGUAUGAUGGCUCAUGCUGAGCGAUUUGGGGUCGACUCCUCCAGUCGCACGUUACAGUUCUCAUCACUGACGUUUGACGCUUGCAUCUUUGAGAUCUUCACAACGCUUGCUACCGGCGGCUGUAUCUGUAUGCCCUCAGAUGCUCAACGUGUGGAUGAUCUCGCAGCAGCUAUCAACUCCUACUCCAUCAAUACCGUCAUGCUUACCCCGUCCGUUCUGGCGCUGCUGUCCCCAGAAAACACGCCUUCACUUCGCUCCAUCAUUUUCAUCGCCGAGCAAGUCACCGACAACGAUAUAUCACGGUGGUCUAGUCAAUGUCGCAUCCAGAAUGGUUACGGACCUACAGAAUGUACAGUUGUCUGUGUCGUCAACCCCGAUCUUCGGGACGGAGGUCGCAUCGGUCACGCUGUUGGCUGUCGUGCCUGGGUCGUCGAUGCUGACAACAUCGACAAGCUGGUACCAAUCGGGUGUGCUGGUGAGCUCCUCAUUGAAGGGCCCAGUCUUGCCAUUGGUUACCUGAACGAUGCCGAGCGCACGGCAGAGUCUUUUAUCUUCAGUCCUGUUUGGGCACUCAGCGACGAGCCUUCGGCAACGCGCCGUUUUUACAGAACGGGUGACAUGGUACGGCAGACAAGCAACGGCUCCUUCAUCUACCUCGGACGCAAGGAUACUCAGGUCAAGCUUCGUGGUCAGAGGAUCGAGCUUGGGGAGAUUGACUUCCACAUUCGCCGCGCUCUGCCGUCGGCUACUGUUCGUUCAGACAUUGUCGAUCUCCAGCAGCAAAAGGCUGGCAGUAGCAUGCUCAAAGCCCUCGCUGCCUUUGUCGUCCUUGAAGGCGUCGACGUGAACAUCGAGAGCAACGCCGGUAUAAGCGCUGGUUCACUCAAGCAGGUCGGAGAAGCUGCCUCAACCGCUGUCGCUGAGCUGGCUCGCUCAGUGCCACCUUACAUGGUCCCUUCAAUCUUCAUCCCCAUCUCCAAGAUGCCUCUCACGGUCUCCGGAAAGACGGAUCGGCAAAAGCUCAAGGCCAUCGCAGCCAAGAUCCCCCACAAGCACCUCGACACCUUGCGAGCCCUUCAGCGCGGAGCAACAGGCGACGGACCCAAGGUUGCACCUCGUAACGAUGUCGAACGGCGCAUGCAAUCCGCUUGGUCAACCGUUCUCCAGCUGGACCCUGAGAGCAUUGGCAUCAAUGACAGCUUCUUCCGUCUCGGUGGAGACUCCAUCUCUGCGAUGAAGCUUGUCACAGCUGCGCGAUCAGUCGGCAUCUCCAUCACUGUGUCCGACAUCUUCCAGACGCCCGUUUUGGCGAAUCUUUGCCGGUGCAGUAGCAAUGAGAGCGAUGAGAUUGAGGUCAUUGCACCAUUUUCCCUCAUCCCAGCAUACGACACUCUCAUGCAUCAAGAGGCUGCCCGGCAGUGCGGUGUGGCUCCCGAGGCCCUCGAGGACUUGUAUCCAUGCACUCCACUUCAGCAAGGUCUCAUCUCGCUCUCAGUCAAGGAGGAGGGGUCUUACAUCGUUCGUGAGAUCUUCCGCCUUCGAAGCAUUCGCGUGAGCCGGUUCCAGAAGGCGUGGGAGUACGUCGCAAACAUUCACCCCAUUCUUCGCACCCAACUGGUGCACCUGGAUACCUAUGGAACUCUCCAGGCCGUAAUCAGCACGAAACAGGCAAUGCGAUGGCGCACGGCAUCCUCUUUGGAGGAGUACCUUGCCCAAGAUGAGAAGGAGACAAUGGGUUUGGGUACGGCUCUCAGCAGGUACGGUCUUGUGUUGCCGACCAAUCCGACAGAUGAUGCUAUCUUCAUCUGGACUGCUCAUCACGCCAUGUAUGAUGGUUGGUCGAUGCCCAUCAUUAAGGAGGCCGUUGCCACAGCGUACAUGGAAGUGAUGCUCCCUGAGGCUCCUGCUUUCAACACAUUCAUCAAGCACAUCCAGGGAGUUGAUGCCACCGCUGCUCAGUCAUUCUGGAAGUCUUACUUUGACGAGGCAGGCGCUUCUCCUUUCCCUGCCGUUCCUCAUGGAUCUUCUCUGGAGUUCCGAGCCGACAGGUCAGAGAGAGUGAAUCUGUCUUGGAAGUCACAGCAACGCGAUGGAGUUACCGUCUCGACUCUGCUACGUGCAGCAUAUGCCAUCGUCGUUGGGACGUACACCGGUUCCUCUGAUGUUGUCUUUGGCACAACAUUGAGUGGCCGCAAUGUUCCUGUCCCUCGUGUUGAGACUAUCGUUGGCCCAACUAUCACAACUGUACCAGUCCGCUUGUUUUGGGAUGCCAAUAUGACAGCAGAGGAGCUCCUCCAUAACGCCCAGCGCCAGGCCACGGAGAUGAUGCCUUUUGAGCAGAUGGGCCUGGUCAACAUUGCCAAGAUCAGUGAGUCGGCCAAGAGAGCGUGUCAAUUUCAGAGCAUCUUUGUCGUCCAGCCUGAGAGAGACGACGAUAGCCCUGCUUGCGAGAGUCUCUUUGGUGACCAGCUCAGCAACGCCUUCAGGAGCGAUGAGACUGCUUCUCCUCAGACUUACCCACUAGGCAUUGAAGCGACGGUCGAGGGCAAUGAGCUUGAAUUGUCUGCCACCUAUGACAGUCGCAUCAUUGAUCCCCCGGAGAUGCGCCGCAUCUUGCACCAGAUCGGGCAUGCCGCCUCACUCCUCGACCAAAAUCCCAACGUUCCCAUCUCGGCGUUGAACCUGGCCGGCAGGUCAGACUUGUCUCAGAUCCAGGCAUGGAACGCUCGUGGUCCUCCAGCUGGAGCACGAGAGGCCGUGUACGCCAUCAUUGGUCGCAACCCAUCCUCGGCACCCGCUGUCAGUGCCUGGGAUGGCGACUUGUCAUAUGCCGAUUUGACCAGACUCUCCAAUGGCUUGGCCCAUCGCCUCCGCGGCAUGGGAGUUGGCAUUGGCGCCGAGACUGUGGUUGCCUUUAGCCACGGGAAGUCCAAAUGGAUUCCAGUCAUCAUGCUUGGUAUCCUCAAGGCGGGCGGUGCGUUCGUUGCUCUGGAUGCUGCUCAGCCGGAAAGCCGUCUCAAGUUCAUCGUCGAAGAAGCUAGGAUCAGCGUCCUUCUCACUUCACCUGAGCUGGCAAAACUUCCCUCAUUGGCAAAUCUAUCUGUCACUCCAGUCUUCCCAGCGUCACUGGAAUACUCGACCGAGGAGAAAGAGACCACGCCGCCACCUGCUCACAGUGUCUCUUUACCUGACUCCUUGGCGUAUGUUGUCUUCACGUCUGGAAGCACGGGUGUGCCAAAGGGAGUGAUGGUGUCUCAUUCUGCUACAGCCUCCAGCACUUUGGCCCACGGCUCCGCCAUGGGAAUCACUUCCAAGAGUCGAGUCUUGCAAUUCGCCUCUUACACUUUCGACGCCUCUGUGCUCGAGGUACUUGGCACACUGCUCGCUGGGGCUUGCGUCUGCAUCCCAUCUCCGGAGGAAGCUUCAGAAGAUCUGAAUGCAGCAGUCCGGAAGUACGGCGUCAACUUCGCUGCUCUCUCCCCCCGAGUUGCUUCUCUCCUUCGUCCCAAGGAGGUCCCGGCUAUCAAGGCAAUUGCACUGGGUGCUGAGGUUGUGACAAGCUCAGAUAUUCAGCGAUGGGAGGGCCGCCGUGUCAGUAACGGCUAUGGCCCGACCGAGUGCACCGUUGUGUGCGUAUUGGAGUCCAACAACCACAAGCCUGGACGCAUUGGAAGAGGUGUUGGCUGUAUCUGCUGGAUUGUGGACCCCGAAGAUCCGAACAAGCUGGCGCCCGUUGGUGCGCCUGGAGAGCUUCUCAUUGAGGGACCAUGCCUUGCUCGCGGGUAUCUCCACCAGGAAGAGAAGACCCGCGCCGCCUUCGUACAGGACCUUGCCUGGACUCAAGCUCUACCCAAUCCUAGCAGCAGGGCCAGACGCUUCUAUAAGACUGGCGACAUUGUAAGGUACGACUCAGACGGUGGCAUCUUGUUCAUUGGCCGAAAGGACAACCAAGCCAAGCUCAGGGGCCAGCGCAUUGAGCUCAGCGAAGUUGAACAUCAUAUGCGUCGCGCUCUGCCUGAGUGCCACGUCGUUGCCGAUAUCGUCAGCUUCCCCCAGCAGAAGAACGACUCCAUGGCCUUGGUCGCCUUUAUCGUUCCUUUGAGCAGUAGGGCAUCGGGCAACUCCCUUGGAGCUAUGCUUCCGCUCGACGGCGAAGCAGUCAAAGCCUUCGCUCAAUCUUGGUCGAAGGCAACCGUGGAGAUGUCUCAUGCAGUGCCGCAGUACAUGAUUCCAACGCUCUAUAUCCCUCUUGACUCAAUCCCGCUCACCUCGUCGAGCAAGGUCGAUCGCCGCAGGCUACAGGCCAUUGUCGCAGAUGUUACUGUCGAGCAACUAGAACUUCUUCGUGGCGUUCAAGGUGUCAAGGAAGCUCCUCGCUCUUCUCUAGAGAAGAGCAUGGUGUCUGCCUGGGCACAGGUCCUUGGACUUGAUACCAGCAAAAUUGGCAUCCGGGACAGUUUCUUCCGUCUUGGAGGUGAUUCCAUCACGGCUAUGCGCCUGGUGCCAAUUCUGGCUGAGGUUGGUCUCACGCUCCGUGUUUCUGAUGUCUUCAAGUAUCCCGUCUUGGCCAGUUUGUGUCGUCAUCUCCAAGGGGAUGAAGAUCGCACAGAUGGGUCGUCCUCGACAGAUGAGUGGUCGGAUCUUGGCGGUAGUCAAGAUCUCACUCCAGACGCUGAGCAUACCGAUGAUGAAGCCCUGCAAGGUGCCAUCGCCGACAACAUCGCCAUUCGUACCGAAGUGUCUUCCACGGCACAGGCUUCUUCAAGCAGUCCAGCCGAGUACCACAUCACACCUGCAUCAGACUUCCAGGCUCUUGCAUUUGAGUUCUCUCAGCUCCGAAACCGCGGUUUCGUCAACUACUUCGUCCUCCGCUUCCUCGAUCGCUUUAGUCAUGAAUGCAUCCGCAACGCCUGCACACAACUGGUUCAGCAUCACUCGAUCCUUCGCACCAAGCUCAAGCUCGCCAACGGCCGGCUCUGGCAGCUUGCUGCUUCGAAAUCCUCCUUCCAGCCCGCUUUCGAGUUCUUCCGCGUUACUUCAGAUGACGUUGUCUCCUUCACGACACGCUUGAUCGAGACUGACGAGGCCCGUCGCUUGGACUCGGAUGAAAUUCCUACCAAGUUCUUCAUCGUCGAGUCUGCCUCGCAAACCCAACUCGUCAUGAGACUUGCUCACACGCACUACGACGGCCUGUCCUUCCCACUUCUCCUUCAGACGCUUUCUCAGGCCUUGAAGCGUAGUGAGCUAGCUCCAGAAACCUCAUUCGCCAAGUUCUCUUCCAGUAUCCAGGCUCUUCCUUAUCGGCAGUCCUUGUCAUACUGGCGACGCCUCCUUGACGACUCGCAGAUGACUCCAGUCAUCACCCCUGCUGCCAUCACCGCCAAUGACGGAAUUGAGGGUCACAUUACUCGGCUUGUGACCUUGCCAAAUCUUUCUCAGGCCAGCGUGACUUUUGCCAGCGUUCUCAAGGCCGCCUGGGCCAUCGUCCUUGCCCAGCACUCGGGUCUAUCUGACGUUGUCUUUGGUUGUCUCGUGUCCGGUCGCUUCGCUCCGGUCCCUGGCAUCGAGUCUGUGGUGGGACCUUGCGUCAAUCUGUCUCCUGUCCGCGUCAACAACAUCUUGAAGGAUACCAGCACGCGCACUUUCCUGCAAGCCGUCCACGCUCAGCACACCAAGAGCAUGGAGCAUGAGCACGUUGGAUUCCGUCGCAUCAUCACGGGAGCCACGUCGUGGCCAGCCCGAACUUCAUUCGCGGGCGCGUCCAUCGUCCAGCACCAGAAUAUCCCAUUGGCCGCCGAGCUGAACGAGACAACGCCUGACCUACCUUUUGAGCUGAGCGCCAAGGGAGGUACCUCGAACGCUGCUGCUAUCUGGAUCAUCACGACUUCCCGCCCCUCGGAGGGCCUUUUGAGUAUUGAGCUUACCCACGCCCUCAAUACGAUCAACCACAACACCGCCGAGACUCUUCUGCAGGCACUGUGUGUCGCUAUUGAGCACUUCGGCCACCACUGGGACUCGGAAGCACCGCUUCCUGACACUCGAAGCCAAAAGACCAGGACGAACAAUGCGCCACUCUUGCCGGGCGGCCCAUCUGGCAAUGAUGAUGAGUCUGUCGCGUCUUCCGACAUGCAGAGUCCUGACAAGCAUGCACGUGCCGUCGUCAUUCAGGCGUGGAGCUUGCUGCAAAAGGCCCAUUCCCGAGACACAUCGUCAGAAGAAACCCCUACCUCCAUGUUCGAGGUGUGGAAUGACAACCUCGUCGCUGUGGCUUUGAAGGGCAUAUAUGAAAGCCUGGACGUGUUUCUCGAUCUUGAGCAACUUCUUCAGCAUCCGACGAUGGAAUCGCAAGCAGGCUUGCUUGCUUCUCUGGGCUUUUGAGAUUUUGUCCUUGUAAUUAUCAUGUUGUUCUUGUAUCUCUGUUUAAAAUGUCUUGGUUAUCUCCCGAAAGCAGUGCUUGACUGUUAGAAUAGCAUUUGGUACUCUCCGCGGUCGAUAGGAGCUUGGCGUAAAUUUAUUUCUUUAUUGACCUUCUUUGGA